AGGUAUUUGAAUGGAGGAGGAGAGCGCUUACGUGUUCGCAUUUUCAGCAUGCAACUUACUUGAGGUGAAAAAGACCAUCUGGCAACGGCACAACAAUGCCAGCAUGAACAUGUUGCACAAGAGUUCGACCUACCUUCUAUUUCAUAGGUGCAGCACAGGAAAUCCUGACCACAGAUCCAAAAGAAAGUCCGUCUUAUUCAGGGCGACUGCCUGAGACUAGCGCCAACCUCAGCUGCAGCUUCAGGUUCGGAGCUUCCUGCGAUCAAUCACUGAGUCAGUAAGAUCUUUGUUGGAAGGAUCCGUUUCUUCUGAGACAGGCUUUCCAGCCUGAACAAAGUAUAAUUACAGGCCUCACUAGCUGCAUUACUGCUUUUCUAUACUGAAAUAUAACUUGCCUAGAUAAGCUGUCACUAUCAUUGGAGAACGCUGUGUCAGGCCAGUCCUGCAAUCAAGUGUUAGAAAGUCAGGCAGCCCACAUUAUAGCCAAGUCCAGCUAAGUUAGGGAACUGACAGCCACUAGCUAGUGUGCUGCUGGCGCUUCUUACCAUAAACUGAUAUUUGUUUACGUCCAAAGAUUCGGUAGGGUCUCGUCUCAAGGUUUUAGGCGCGUUGUUGUAGCAUCGAGCACAAUGGCUGAGACCUCGCACGAAAACAACGGGGUGGGCUAUGUUGGGAUUGGGGCCAUGGGCAAAGGGAUUGCUGCCAACCUCCUCGCCUACACUCAACAAGAGGGCCGACCCUUCUUUGUAAGCAACCGGACAAAGGACAAGGCUUCCUUCCUGGUUGACAAGGGUGCCACUCUCGUCAAUUCUCCGAGCGACUUGCCUGCAAAAUGCUCGGUGGUGAUGUCGUGCCUGGCAAAUGACGCGGCGGUGCAGGAGGUCUUCGGGGAGUACCUCCAGGGGAAGCCCAGCAGGGGGAGCCUCUACAUCGACUGCAGCACUAUCUACCCCACCACCGCAGAGGAGCUGACUGAGAAGGGCCAGCUAGCCGAAGUACACUUCAUCCACUGCCCAGUGUUUGGAGGCCCGGGCGCCGCUGCCGACAAAAAGCUGCUGGUGGUCUCAGCUGGGGACGCAGAGUCGAGAGCGCAGGCCAAGCCGUAUUUGGAGGCCAUCGGAAAGGGCGUGCUCGACGUGGGCGAUCAAGCGCGCUCGUCGGGCGCCCUCAAGCUGAUCGGCAACUUCUUCGUCUCGAGCAUGAUCGAACUCAUCGCGGAAGGCACCGCGCUUGCCGACCGGAACAACAUCCCGCAGUCCGCUGUCCUGGAAGUGCUCAACCUGCUGUACCCCUCUCCUAUCGUCGAGCGCAACUUCGACCGCAUCACGACGGACGCUUUUGAGUGCACUGCGGACAGGCCCGGGACGCCCGUCAUCAACGGCAUCAAGGACGUGAGCCACAUCGUACGGCUAGGGCAGAACUCUGGCGUGCCCCUGGCGACAGCGGAGACUAUGCUGCGCCAUUUGCAAGGGCUGAAGGAAGAGGGCAAAGAGGGGCUCGACUGGAGCGCAGUCGCUUUAGGAGUGCGCAAGCAAACGAAGUAGAUUACAAAGCAGUGGGGAGCAGGUAUUAAGGCGCCGAUAAACUCACUUUUUGCCCUGGGCUCGAAAGGUUUAGCCCUCUGACAUGACGGGGUAAACGCUGUAAGCGGAGAUGCGUACAUCCGAUGUGAAAUUUACUUCGCUGCUAUUUUCUCUAAAGAGAAGACUCCAUUGAACGACGGCUACUUUUAACAAUCCAAGAAUUCUCACGCACAUGUGCAAGCCCAG